UUUUCUUCCGACGGUACUUAUUAUUGCCUCAGACCCCAGGCAUCUGCCUGUCUCUUUUACCUUCUUCUUCUUCAUCUAUCUUCACGUCGCGUUCGGUCUCUGAUUGGGAGAGUUCAGUCAAGCUUUCACUCACGCUCGUUCUUUUUUUCCAUUUUCACUUUUCGGGAUCGGCUAGCUAGAUACUACUAUCAUCUAGUGCAUGACCGCCCUUCCUCCACAGCACCUUUCGAAUCCACUUCCAAGGACCUUGGAGACAAUGUCCGCGUCUACUUCAGCGCCUCCGCCCGCCGCUGAGGGAAAUACCCCGCGAUCGAGACCCAGACCGAGACGCGGAGGGAGAGGUCGUGGGGCGCGUGGUUCGAAUCGACAGACGAGUACCUCUCAGGUUCAGACUCAGGAUCAGACGCAAUCGCAGACAGACGCACAACUACAACCACAACCACAGCCAGGAACGCAACACCCCGCUGAUUCCGCGACAUCACAAAUACGAGAUGAGCCGCGGCCGCCGCGAGGUCCGAGAGGGAGACGGGGUAGAGGGGCGAGUGCACAGUCGGGUUUGAAUGCGAAUGGGAGUGGGAGUCGACGGCAGGGACAGGGCCGAGCUCGCGGUGGCGAUCAGGCUACGCUUCCUGCUGGACGGAAGUUUGGAGGGAGGUUGACGAGGCCUGAGCAGGAGCAGUCUACGCAGCAGGGACAGACGAUACUGGGUGGUGUGGAUGGGGAUGUGGACGAGGCAGGGUUACGGGCGGAUGCGCCGGUGUUUAUUCCUGGUGGUGGGCAGCCUGGGGAAGAAGUUCCCAAGGGUGUAUCUACUGCUGGGUCUGGGAAGGGAAAGGCGAAAGCGAAGAAUCAACCUCGAGCGCCGCCGCAGCCGAAAGUCACGACGAAAUCGACAGCCCCAGAUAUCGCGACGCGGAUUCAUGAGGAUAUUGCGCAUAAUCUGUACGAGUGUCCGAUUUGUACGAGCGAGCUGGGGAAGAGGUCGCGGGUGUGGUCGUGUGGACUGUGUUGGACGGUGUUUCAUCUCAGCUGUGUGAAGAAGUGGUCGAGGAAUGAGGGGGCCGCGGCUCAGGACGCGGCGCGGCGACAGGAGGAGGGUGAGAACAGUGCUCCUCGCGCGUGGCGCUGUCCGGGGUGUAAUCUGCCUCAAGAGGUGUUUCCGUCGUCUUAUACGUGUUGGUGUGAGAAGGAGGUCGAUCCGCGGUCGUUUCCUGGUCUUCCGCCGCAUUCGUGUGGACAGACGUGCUCGCGCACGCGCAAAGGAUGUCCUCAUCCGUGUGAUGCCACUUGUCAUGCUGGGCCGUGUGCGCCCUGUACGGCCAUGGGCCCGACGCAGGAUUGCUUCUGCGGUCAGAAUUCGUCGACUAAGCGCUGCCAGGAUACCGAUUAUGAGAAUGGGUGGAGCUGUGGGGAGAUCUGCGGUGACCUUUUGCCUUGCGGAGAGCAUACUUGUCCCCGGCCGUGUCAUGAAGGACUCUGUGGCUCUUGCGAGGUGAGGAUUGAGGCGCGCUGCUACUGUGGAAAGGUGGAAUCGGAGAUGCUGUGUAGUUCGAAGGAUGAAGAGUUGGAUAGCGAAAUGAUGCACGAGGGUGAGGUUGAGGAGUGGGUUGGGUGCUUCAGCUGUGGAGAUCAGUGCAAUCGCCCCUUCGACUGUGGAAUUCACUCCUGUCAGAAGAGCUGUCACGCCCAAGAUGCACAUCCGGCUCAUUGCCCGCGGUCUCCAGAUGUGGUGCUUGACUGUCCCUGCGGAAAGACGCCGUUGGUCAAGAUCCCGGGAUAUUCGCCUCGCACGUCUUGUGAAGACCCGGUCCCGAAUUGCUCCAAACCCUGUGGCAAAUCGCUGCAGUGUGCGCAUCCGUGCCAGAAGAUCUGCCACACGGGGCCCUGCGGUCCUUGUUCGCAGAGCGUUCCCAUCGAAUGCCGUUGCGGACGCAACACGUUCAUGACUAUUUGCCCUCAAGGGGAUAUGGAGCCGCCUCGGUGUUUCCGCAUGUGCAAGGCCGGCUUGCACUGCGGUCGUCAUGCGUGCACUGAGCGAUGCUGCCCUGGCGAACAAAAGGCAAUUGAGCGCCAGGCUAUCCGCCGAAAGCUCAAAUCUCAUCUUCGUCCCAGCGAUGAGGACUUUGAAGCCGAACAUAUCUGUACCCGGAUCUGUGGCCGGAUGCUGAAAUGCGGACGGCACACAUGCCCGGAGAUCUGUCAUAAAGGGCCCUGCAACACCUGCAGAGAGGCAAUCUUCGAGGAGAUCCCGUGUAACUGCGGUCGAUCUAUCUUGCACCCGCCUCUGCCCUGCGGGACGCAGCCCCCGGCAUGCUCGUUUCCCUGCGAGCGUCCGAAGCCGUGCGGCCAUCCUCAGACGCCUCAUAAUUGUCACACGGACGACGAAAGCUGCCCUAAAUGUCCAUACCUCACGGAAAAGACGUGCCAAUGCGGCAAACGAGUUCUGAAGAAUCAGCCCUGCUGGUUAGCAGACGCACGAUGCGGGCAGGUGUGCGGCCAGCUGCUCAAAUGUGGCUCCCACACCUGCCAGAAGGACUGCCAUCGCCCGGGCGAUUGCGAGGAUGCCACCAAGCCUUGUCAGCAGGCGUGUGGAAAGACGAAGACCAUGUGCAGUCACCCUUGCACUGACCCAUGCCAUGCGCCCUAUCCAUGCCCGGAGAAGACGCCCUGCACGUCCAUGAUCACGGUAACAUGUGGCUGUGGACGGCUUCGCCAGGAACGCCGCUGCAAUGCAGCAAAGGCGGUUGUCUCCAAGGGCCAACUGCAGCAGGCGCAGCGUGGACCAGCCGUUACGCCGCUGACCUGCGAUGACGAGUGCGCCCGUCUUGAACGGAACCGUUCGCUGGCCUCGGCCCUCGGCGUCGAGAUUAACCCGUCGACGACGGUCUCGCAGACCCUCACCUCCACCAACCUUCCGUACUCUGCCGAAACCCUCGACAUCUACAUUCAACUCUCCUCCUCUUUUCCCUUGUCGACCCUGCAAACCUACGAGUCCACCCUCCACUCCCUUGCCGUUAGCACAACCGAGCGCUCCACACGUUUCCAGCCCGCCAAAUCGUCGCUUCGCGCCUUUGCUCACAGUCUCGCCGCCGACUGGGGCUUCUCCAGCGAAAGCUUCGAUCCGGAGCCGCAUCGCCAUGUUUUCGUUCUAAAGCCCACCCUCUGGACCCCACCGAUAUUCGGCAUGGGCAACGGCACAGCCAUUGGCAUUGGCGGCAUGAGCGUGGGCGACUGCGUCAAGCUUCGUGAACGACAGCGUCUGAAAGAGCAAGAAGCCCAACGCAUCGCAGCCGCCGAAGCCAAAGCCCAACGGGACGCCGCGCGCGCAAACAACAACGGUUCCGGCGAAGGCGGCUGGGCACAGGUUGCCGCGUCGAAGAGAAGUAACCCUGCCCUCGGGGGGACGAGAAGCACACCGAUUUCCCGGGUUGCUACCCCUGCUUCACCCUGGUCCUCGUCUAUCUAUGCUGCCCUGGCUACCGACGAGGGCAGUGCAUCUGCCUCUACUUUGCAGCCGAAAAAGGAGAAAUUGGUCCUUCGGUCGGGAGUGAAGCAGUUGCGGAGUCAGGGGGCUUCUCCGGCUGCAGUGGACAAUGAGGGUGGUUCUGUGGAGGUGAUGUCUAGCGAUGUCUAGCAUGCAUUUCAUUCUCAUUAUGACAUUACUCCUCCCCUUUUGCUGUUGAAUUCCAUUUUUAUAGUGGUUGUGGUUACUGUCCAGUUAGCGUGCAUCAUAGCUGGCUUUGUAUUGGGCUCGUGUUCAUAGAGAAAAGUUGCUUGACGGGGUAAUUAUCGAUGAAUAUGAUGAGUGCUG